AAACCUACACGCCGUGCGGCGAUUCGGCACUUGGCUUGGAAGCUUGAGCUCUCCAAGCCCCGCCACAGCUUCUACCUUGCCUCGACGCCCGCCGUCUGCGACCGCCGCUGGCCUCGAGCCGCGCCAUCAUGUUCAAGGUCAAGGCUCUGUAUGACUACGCCUCUGGGCACGAGGACGACCUCGAAUUCACGGUCGGACAGAUCAUCACCGUGACCGAUGAAGUGGAUGAUGACUGGUACGGGGGCGAAUACGUAGACGAGUCCGGCAUCAAGCACGAGGGCAUCUUCCCGCGCAAUUUCGUCGAGAAGUACGAACCUACCGCUCCACCCCGCCCGACGAGGUCUCGCCCGAAGAAGGAACCUGAGGUUGUCCCGGCUCCCGCGCCCGAGGCUCCUGCUGCUGCUGCCCCUCCCGCCCCGCCACCCGACUCGCCGAAGCAGGCGACGCCGGAGCCCGAGGAGACACCGAAGCCGGCGGGCCCCGCGCCGUCAUCUGAGACUUCCUCGGCAGCCCCCCGGGUUCCCGCGCCCGUCGCAAAACCUCCGGCACCCCAGCCGGUGCAGCCGGUGCAGCCGGUGCAAGCUCCUGCUCCUGCCCCCGCUCCUGCGCCGCCCGCCCCACAGCCCGCCCAGGUCCCGUCUGCGGCCUCACCGCCUGCCCCCAAAUCGGGUCCCUCGUCGCCCAAGCCCAGCGGGCCGCCUCCCGUGUCCGAGAAGCCGACGAGUAGCUCGUUCAAGGAUCGCAUUGCUGCCUUCAACAAACCCGCGGCUCCGCCGAUCGCCCCUUUUAAGCCCGGCAACCUGAGCUCCAGCGGCGCCGCCUUCAUCAAGAAGCCUUUCGUCGCUCCCCCGCCUAGCAGAAAUGCCUACAUCCCGCCGCCGUCCCAGGUGCCCGUUGCAAAGAUCUACCGGAGAGAAGAAGACCCGGAAGUGAAGGAACAAGAGGCCGAGGUCUUGGAGAAUGCGGGCAAGGCAGGCCUCAUUCCGACGGCUUCCACGAACGAAGGCCAAGCUUCCGAAGACCAGCCCAAGCCCAUGAGCCUGAAGGAACGCCUGGCCCUGCUGCAGAAACAACAGAUGGAGACUGCCGCGCGGCAUGCCGAGGCUGCGGCUAAAAAGGAGAAGUCCAAGCGGCUGCCCAAGAAGCGCCUUGAUAGCCAGGAUACCGUUGAAGGGGAGUCCGCUGAGCGGACCGAAGAGACUACCAGAACAUCUACCGAUGAGGCUCCGCCGCCGCGCGUGGCACACCCUCCAAGGCGCAGGUCUUCCAAGGGAACUGAGCCUCGCGACGGAAACGAGGCGGAUAUGUCCGGGGCCGGCGAGACCACCGAGGGCCAGGAGGAGCUCACGGAGAGGGACGACAGCGACGGCAAACCCAAGCACGUCGCCUCGGCAUCGAAGCAAGAAGAUAGCAGUCGCGACGAGGGAGAGGAGGAUGAAGAAGAGGAGGAGGAAGAGGAGGAGAUCGAUCCCGAGAUUCGUCGCAGGGAAGAGUUACGGGCGAGGAUGGCCAAGAUGUCAGGCGGGAUGGGAAUGCCUGGCAUGGGGAUGCCUCUGUUUGGCGCACCCGCGCCGAUCCUGCCAAAGAAGAAGAAGGCUGUUCCCGAAAAGCGGGUUGAAGAAGCCGAGGAGCCCACCUCGCCGACCGCGCGUGCCCCUCCUGUUCCUCUGCCCGGGCUUAUGCGGCCUCCGCCUGCUCCUGAGCCCAAGCAGCCCGGGCCGGAAGAAGAGGGAGAUGAGGAAGAGAAGGAAGAGGAUGAAGAAUCUCAGAUCAAAACUCCGCACCAGGAGGCUGCUGCUCCGCCAGUCCCGCUCAAGGAGUCUGAUGUCCCUCCUCCGGUUCCUGGCGGGCGGCCGGCUCCGCCCCCUGUUCCUGCGGAUUGUGAGUAUCACCGCGCCCACCGUUUUGCACCGUGGAAUAUUAUUGUUAAUCUCGUGAAGCACGUCCGCCGCCACCGCCUCCAGCUGCCUCUGCGGUCAAGUCGCCCAGCGAAGGAUCGGUGUCGGAUGACGAACUCUCGGAGCGACCUCUCGAGGAGCCUGGUGCUCCCGGAGACGGUGUGAGCCAGGUUACCAGAGCGCCGCCUCCUCCUCCUCCUGCUGCUGCUGCUGCCACGACGGCGCCGCCUCCGAUUCCAUCAACACCUCGCACCUCAGACGACAGGCGUACUUCUUACGUUGGGGAGGCAUCCUCCCCUACCUCCCCACGGGAGUCCCCGACUAGCAAGCGGAAUAGCAGGCCGCCACCGCCGAUCCCAAGCUC